CAUAUGUAAAUUAGACCCUAUAAAUACCUACCACAGCCAUCCAGUGCCAACGGCAGAACUCGUUAAGGUUACACAAUAAACCCGGGCUUGUUUGCUCAUACUGUAUAGAUUUGCGUCUGCGUCCGCCUUCCAGCUGCCACUUUGAAGGAUAGUAACGCAACUGUGGAUUACACACUGUUUUCUCUUGUUCUUGGGUUGAAACCAACAUGGCCCCCUCAUCUCGACCCAGUAAAAAUGGAUCUAGCAGGGAUGAGGAGGAAUACUAUGGGAUCAAAGGGGACAGAAAGGCAAGGAAACCUUUGGUUGAGAAAAAGAGAAGAGCCCGUAUCAAUGAGAGUUUACAUGAACUCAGGGGGCUCCUGGCAGAUUCGGAUUUCCAGACAAAAAUGGAGAAUGCCGAAGUGUUAGAAAUGACCGUGAAGCGAGUUGAAAACAUUUUGCGGAACAGAGCAAUAGAAGCAGAUACUCUAAACCGAGAGGCCAGUGAGAGGUUCGCUGCAGGGUACAUCCAGUGUAUGCACGAGGUGCACAUGUUUGUGUCGAAUUGCCCAGGGAUUGACGCCACGGUGGCUGCGGAGUUAUUAAAUCACCUUUUGGAAUCUAUGCCUUUGAAUGAAGACCAUUUCCAGGAUAUGCUUGUGGAUUUAAUGUCGGACUGCACCAGCAACAACAGCACUUGGCCUGCUAGUGAGGGGAUGUGCCCCUCUCUGGUGUCCCCCGGAGGUACGAGCUUGUCCGGCGCCCCCUCCUUGCUCUCUCCGGCCCCCUCCACAACAUCAGGCGAGGACAUCUGUUCUGAUCUGGACGAGACUGACAAUGAACAGAAUCAAAUUUCGCCAGAAACCCUGGAAAACUCGGGGAUCCAGAAUAUGCCCACUACUACCUAUUCAAAAUCGAUGUGGAGACCUUGGUAGACGUCUCGUCCGACCCUGCCUUUUUUUCUCAAUGAAAAUCACGUUUUAUUUUAAAACCUACCUACUGAUAUGGCUUGUGUGUAUUUUGAGGUCCGUUAAAAAUAGCCCGUAUAAUUGUGGAAAAAAAGGGUCCACGGGUGUUGUUUCAGUAAUGUAUGGCACUGUUCCUCUGACUUCUACUGAUUUCCAGUCGUCUUAUUAGAGCUCUCCUCUUAGAGGCGAGACUAUGUGUUUGUAAAUAUCUGUUCGUUAAGUGUGGACAUCGCAGAAAAGCUCUUGUAAAGCACAACCUAUCUGGUAAUGCGCUAAGUGUUUCAACUAACUACAGAUGUCCACUUAGAAAUAAAAAAAUAGUGUUUUAUAAAAAUGAAUAUUACCAAGAUAAUUGUGUUUGUAUAGAAUAUUGGGUUUUAGUUGUACAUUUUCCCCAUAUUCCUUAAAGGAAUAUGUAUUAGUUUUUUUUAAUCAGUUAGGCGUGUACUUUUACCUUCAAUGAAGGAAGGAUAAAUUAAAUGCUAGAUAAUAAAUGUCAAAAUAUUGGCAGCAGGGUUCCAUUAGGGGAGGAAAGUACAUGUACAUGCGCGCACGUGAAAUGACUGUUAGCACAUUAGUGUUUUUAUGUCCAAUAUGUAUUUUUUUUUUCGUAAUCUGGAUUUUUGUUAUCACUGUAAUUAGAUGGAUCUGUUUUUGGAUGUGCUUUACUGUUAAACCAGCGUGAAUGUAUUGCUCAGCUGUUUCCUGAGAACAGUCUUGUCAAGCUCGGCGACUUUGUAAUCGUUCAUCGUGCCUUACGUGUAUCGCCUUCCACCCAUGCUAUGUGACUUUAGAAUGUAUUGCUGUCUACCUUGUGUUCAAGCGAUUAAAGAUAAUGUUAUUUCCCUCCCAAA